GAUGAAAAUAAAAAGGAGUCCCUCAGACCUGCAUGGCCUCUUCAAGCCCCGUCAGAGACUCUCUCCCUCCACGACUGAGACGCCGAAGCUCCAGAUCAUAGAGAGGCUGACAUACCUUCACCUGGCUUGAGAGGCCGAGGAGCACAGUGAAUGGUGCAGAGGGGACCCUCUGCUUCCCAACGCCCGUCACACCUUCGCCGUCCCUGUCACACCUGCAGCCAGUGGGAGCCAGAUGUCCAUGGAAGUCUUGAAGGUACAGUCCCACCUGGAAAGUCCGACCAAGUACCACAUCCAGCCGUCUCAGAGAGGGCAAGUGAGACAGUAUCUUUCUUCCAGUCUAAGUGGGAAAGCUGGAAGCCAGUGUCCCAGCCUGCCCCCCGAGCACAGCAUGCCACCCGGGCCUGCUGGCAGCGCACCCAACAGUCCCAUGGCCCUUCUAACACUCGGUGCCAACUGUGAAAAAGAAAUGGAUGAUGUCAUUGAUGAUAUUAUAAGCUUAGAGUCAAGUUACAAUGAGGAUGUGCUUGGACUGAUGGACCCAGCUUUUCAAAUCAACAAUCCGCUCCCUGUGUCUGGUAAUAUACUUGAUGUGUACAACAACCAGGGCCUUCCUCUCCCUGGCAUCCCCAUGGGCAACUCAUGUGCACCGAACAUCAAAAGGGAAUUCACAGCUCCUGGCAUGAAGCAAGUACUGGACAAGCCGGGAUCCUGUGGCCAGUUUGAAAGCUAUCAAAGGCCAGACGGCUUUCCAGUAGAGGCUGAAGUACGAGCCCUUGCUAAAGAAAGACAAAAGAAGGACAAUCACAACCUGAUUGAGCGAAGACGGAGGUUCAACAUCAACGACCGCAUAAAGGAGCUGGGAACCUUGAUACCGAAGUCAAAUGAUCCAGACAUGCGCUGGAAUAAGGGCACCAUUCUGAAAGCCUCUGUGGACUACAUCAGGAAGCUACAGCGGGAGCAGGAGAGAGCCAAGGAGCUCGAAUGCAGACAGAGGAAACUGGAGCAUGCUAACCGCCAUCUGAUGCUUCGUAUACAGGAGUUGGAAAUCCAAGCCCGGGCUCAUGGCCUCACAGUGGUAUCAUCCCCCUCAGUCUGCACCUCAGAGCUUAUGGCACGAGCCAUCAAACAGGAGCCCAUUCUUGGGGACUGUCCAUCUGACGUCUACCAGCAUAACUGCACGCCUGAAAUGUCUCCACCAACUACGCUGGACCUCAACAAUGGCACCAUUACCUUUGACCACAUCCCUGCAGAUGCUGGGGACUCCUACGGAAACUCUAGGACCUGCAAAAUGAAAGAGCUGGUUAGGGACAACAGCCUGGGGCCAGUUUCCCCAAGUGACCCCCUCCUGUCCUCCAUGUCCCCAGACGUUUCUCACAAUGUCAGCAGCCGCCACAGUUCUAGCUCUAGUAUGGACGAGAAAGAUCAUGGAUGUUAGCCCUAUGUCAUAAGUGUUUUUUUAUGCAUAAAGGAACUCUCUGAUAAAUUUCAUGUUAAAAGAGUUUUUACAUAAAGUCUUUUUAUUUUCAUUCAUUGAUGUAAUUAUAUUACUGUGAGCCAAGACUCUUAAGACGCUCUCUCUGGUGUUUUUACUUUCUCAUUUAAUUUUUAUAAACUGUUUAGAAAAUACUUGACAAACGUGUAACAGGAAAUCGGCAUAAUUUUGAAGUUUUCCUUGUUAUUUAAUAUUUGCAUUUAUGAGCUGUUUUACUGUUGAUUUUAAGACAGCUACCAUGCUUUAUACAUAAAAGUGCAUAAUAUAAGAGUCAUGUUGUUGAAAUAGCAGGAUAAGGCUUGUAUGUGUGUUUGUACAUGUGGAAUGUGUAAACUCCUUAUUUGCCUGAUCUUCUGCAAAUUAUCAGACAAUCCGAUCAAACAAAGAGCCUAGUAAAAGGUUUUUAUGUGACAUUUA